AAGCAAGCUACCGAGGGCGGACCCAUGACCUCACGGCGGCGGACUAAAAAGAUGCCUGCCAGCGCGCAAUCCCUGUUUCCCUGAUCGACGAACAAGCUUGUUCGCAAUCUCCCAUGGCCUGCCCACGGGCCUCAGCGCUCCACUACCCCCAGGCGUACCACCAAACUCUAACAUCUACUAUUGCUGAUUACAGUCGCUCGCUCGCUUUGUCUUGUUUAUCCCGCACUGUUGCUCUCCCAUACACACCCUAGCCCCGACAUGGUGUCGUCGCGCGUCGUCUACUUUGCUCCCACGUAAUCUCCCCCGGUGCUGAUUCACUGCCAAGCCCACGAAGCUUGCUCCUAGGGCGCGACACCUAGGCUGGUGCUUGGUGUUUAGGUGAAGGGACCCGCCGGUGCUUGGUGUUUUGGUAAAGGGCUCCGCUGGUGCGACGAGGACGCCCCUCACAUCUCCCGACAAGAAUGACCAGCACGCCCAUGGUCGACCCCAAUGGCAGUAGCAGCAAUGGUAUUGGCACCGGCACCGCUGGCACGACAGCUGGCACCCACCUCCGCCCAGACGCGGCUGCCAACCGCAGCAGUCAGACAUCCCAGGCCUCGACUCUGAACUCGUCCACCACCGCCACCCAACAACACCGCCUGCUCCCCUCGCCCAUUCCGCCGCCUACCGCCUCCUCCUUCAACUCGCAGCGCCGCCCCCAGUCUCGAGUCAGUGCCGUGUCGGACAACUCCAAGGACAGUCAGGACGGCGUCCCCGUCCGCAAGAGCCACUCGCAGUCCAUCUCCAGCACCCCUCGCACGCUGGCGUCCUCUAACCGGAGCAUAACCGCGAGCGCGGAGAACAGGGAGAGACAGCGCGCCGUCCGCUCACUGCCGCCCUGGGUCCAGUCGGCCGACGAAGAGGACAAUGUCGACGCUACCAGCUUCCUCCUACCACGAACACCCACCAGUGUCCGCCAUGCCAACCACAACUUCUGCCCGACUCCAAAGUCUAGUGUCCCGGGUCGCAAGUUCGACCACGCUCGCGAGGGUGCGCCCGUGACCCUGUCGACGCCCGUCAGCGACAGCGCCCCCAAGUGGAAGCAAUUCACCCAGGCGUCCAACCUCGACCGACCCAUAUCCUCGCGCGGCCAGAUUGUAGACGAUGACUGGCUCAAGGAGAACAUGCCCGACCUCGAGCAGAAGUGGGAGCCUAUCGACAAGGACCAUGGCGACGAGCACAUCAAGGGCUUCUGGCUCUUCACCUCGGAGAAGAGAAAGCGCCGCCUGAUGCGCUUCCACAACACCGUCAUGAACCACCCUAUGGUCCCCGCCCUCUCCCGCUGCUUGAUCCUCGUCUUCUCCAUCCUUGCCCUCUCCCUCGCGUGCUCCAUCUACCGCCACUCCGAUAACAACGGCUGCAACAAUAAUUCGUCGACCUGGAUGGCUAUACUCGUUGACAUUGUGGCCGUCCUAUACACCAUCUACAUCACUUAUGACGAAUACACGUCAAAGCCUCUCGGUCUGCGGUCGCACAACGCCAAAAUGUCACUCAUCUUCCUAGACCUAGCCUUCAUCGUUUUCGAGUCUGCCAACCUUAGUCUGGCUUUCCAGGCCCUGACAGACGACAAGUGGGCAUGCGUUGAAUCAGACAGGACAAAUGCCUGUCCAUACAGACAGAGCAUUUGUGAGAGACAGAAGGGCUUGACAGCGACUCUGCUGAUUGCCCUGCUUGCCUGGAUUGCUACUUUUGCUAUCAGUACUCUGAGGUUGAUCCACCGUGUAGCGAGGUAGUACCUCACACACCUCCAUACAUUCUCCUACAUUCCCUCGGCCCUUGUAUCAUGCCAUCCGUAUCCUCGCACUACAUUCCAACCAUCCAGCUUGACUGAUCCGCAUUUGCCUUAGU